UCAAAACGCAUUGUUCUAUUGCUUGCGCAAACACAAAAGCUCAGAGAGAGACAGAGACCGCCGAUUCGAUUCCGUCUUCUCUGAGUAAACCUCUCUCCCUCUCUCUCUUUCCUUCGUAGCAAAGCUUAAAGAGAAGAGACAAUUGUUUCAGUCUGGCUGAUGUAGACGAGAGCUCAAGUUUUUGAAUCGAAAUCAGUACUUGAUUGUUGUUGUUUGAGGACAUGGAACACCCUUUCGCUUCCAGAGAGAAAGGGUUUGGUUUUCCAACAGAGCAAACGGAUGGUUUAAGCUUUGGUUCUGCUGACAUGCUCACCUCAUCGGAGCUUAUGAACUUCGACUCUUUCUCACCAUGGUUUAAUAAUAGCCCUUCCGCGUCUGAUGUCUUGUUCUCUCAGUAUGGUCUCUCUCCUUCUCAACCUAUGAUGACCACCUUUGGAGCUGCUGAGCCGAGGGUUGCUCUCACUCGUUCAUUCCAUGAUCUGGAUAGCUCUUACCUUGGCGAAGAAGAAAGACCGCUAGUACAUGAAACGAGCUCUCUAGAUAGGGAUGAUCUAAGUGGUAAACGACGCAGGGUUGGUGGCGGGUUUGCUACCGUUCCCAGGUCUUUGAGCCACUCAUUAGACGAGAAGAUGCUCAAGGCGCUAAGCUUAUUCAUAGAGUCCUCAUCAGGCUCAGGAGAAGGCAUUUUAGCUCAAGUUUGGACUCCUAUCAAGGUAGGAGACCAGUACAUGCUCAGCACCUGUGAUCAGGCCUAUUUGCUCGACCCCAGGCUAUCUCAGUACCGUGAAGCGUCGAGGAAAUUCAUUUUUGCAUCAGAAGCUAAUCAGUGCUCUUCCCCUGGUCUUCCUGGCCGAGUGUUCAUCUCUGGAGUACGCGAAUGGACAUCGAACGUGAGGUAUUACAAGAGGGAUGAGUAUCUGCGUAUGAAGCAUGCGAUAGAUAAUGAAGUCCGUGGUUCCAUUGCCAUACCUAUCCUUGAACCAUCUGGGACGUCUUGUUGCGCUGUCAUGGAGCUAGUCACAUCCAAGGAAAAACACAAUUUUGAUUUGGAGAUGGACUCUGUUUGCCGUGCUCUUCAGGCUGUCAACUUAAGGACAUCAGCGGUCCCUAGACCUCAGUACCUUUCGAGUAAUCAAAGAGAGGCUUUAGCUGAGAUAAAAGAUGUCCUGCGAGCUGUAUGUCAUGCACACAAGUUGCCUUUAGCUCUAGCCUGGAUUCCUUGUAGUUAUGGUGAAAACCGUGUUCUUUGCGUAGAGGAGACGGCUUGUUAUGUGAACGAUAUGGAGAUGGAAGGUUUUGUGCAAGCAUGUUCGGAGCAUUGUCUAAGACAAAACGAAGGAAUAGUCGGCAAAGCUUUCGUAUUAUCUAGCCAACCGUUCUUUUCCUCUGAUGUGAAGGCGUAUGACAUCAGUGACUACCCUCUUGUUCAUCAUGCUCGAAAGUACGGUCUCAAUGCUGCUGUUGCUAUUAAACUGAGGAGCACUUACACCGGUGAAGAUGAUUACAUACUUGAACUCUUCUUGCCGAUGAGUAUGAAAGGAAGCUUGGAACAGCAGCUUCUAUUGGACAGUCUUUCGGGUACUAUGCAGAGAAUUUGUCGAACUCUGAGAACUGUUUCAGACGUGGGGGAAACUAAUAAAGAAGUUAGUAGAGAGAUAUGUAACUUCCCGCAGACCUCAUGUGCAAGAAACUUUCAGACAAUAGUAUUAGAUUCUGAACUUAACUCCAACUCCUCUGAUAAAGAUAACAGUAGUACAGGAUCUCAAGCCACUUUUGAGCAGGAUAUGAGCAAAGCUAGAACACCUGAGAAGAAGAGAAACAGCACAGAGAAAAGUGUGAGCUUAAGCCUUCUCCAACAACAUUUUUCCGGGAGUCUAAAGGAUGCUGCAAAGAGCCUUGGUGUUUGUCCCACUACACUAAAAAGGAUAUGCAGACAACAUGGGAUCAUGAGGUGGCCGUCUCGUAAGAUUAACAAAGUGAACAGGUCAUUAAGGAAAAUACAGACAGUGCUUGACUCGGUCCAGGGUGUAGAAGGAGGGCUCAAGUUUGACUCAACAACUGGCGGAUUCGUUGCAGUUGGUCCUUUUAUCAGUCCUCCAUCUUCUAAUGGUAACAAUGCACAUGUAAGAGGUCAGGAGGAUAUGGCGCCUGAAGCUAAAUCAGUCGACAAAGCAAUUAAGUUAGAGGAUGAUAUCAUCAAGAACGGCACAUUCAUAGAGGUUAAUGGUAGUGAAGGAAUAAAGAACAUUAACAACUUGAGCUCUCCGGCAAUUGCAGACGGAAUGGAUUCAACAAUCCAAUGCAGUGACAAUACCACCGAGCCUAACCGGUCCAUGUCAUGCAGCUUGUCAGAUUCAUCAAAUGGCUCAGUUGCAGUUAUGAUGGGAAGCUCAUCUACUUCCAUGGACAAUGGGAACCAAAUGAGAAGCCAUAAAAGAAACAGCGGUGAAACGCUCACUGUGAAGGCCACUUAUAGAGAAGACACGAUACGUUUCAAGUUGGAGCCAUCGGUUGGGUGUUCUCAGCUCUACAAAGAAGUUGGUAAACGGUUUAAACUGGAAGAAGGGUGGUUUCAGCUCAAGUACUUGGACGAUGAAGAAGAAUGGGUGUUGAUGGUCACAGAUUCUGAUCUCCAAGAAUGUUUGGAGAUAUCAUAUGGUAUGGGGAAACGCACAUUGAAGUUUCUUGUUCGUGAUUUGCCUGCGCCUAUAGGUAGUUCUGGUGGCAGCAAUGGUUACUUAGGAACAUGUUUAUAAUAUCUUCCCUAUGUGAAAGCAUGUUGUUCAUACUCUCCAUAUAUUAUAGUUUGUUUGUAAAGAAAGGUAUGAUGGAGAUAGACAAUUUUGGUACUUGUACAUGUUUAUAGUCUUAUAAUAAAAGCUGGAAAGUCUAGUCA